AUGUGUGUGAGCGCGCAGCGGCCGGCAGAGGUGACGCUCAUGGCUCUCAUCCGUGUGGAAUAAACGAAAACACUCCUACAAAAUCCGGAUAUCUGAAUGAAUCAGCAAUGCCCUGUGUACAAACCCAGUAUGGUACCCUGCCGCAUGACAGCUACUUCAGCUCUGAGUUCUUGAAUCCUGACCUCAGUGCCAAACUGGUAAUGGACAUCAGUGGCCAUAAGGACCAGCUAUCUGCAUCUUCGUUGCCCAGCAUCAACACUUUGGUGGGAAAUGGCUAUGUGGGGGAGUUUGACGCCUACUCUUGCAAGAUUACAGCCUCAGCCACUGCCUCUACUGGUUCAUUCAGCCAUACUGCAGUAGCAGGAAGUUCCAGCCCUCAGACGCAGCACCAGCCAUUCAAGCUGGAUGACCUCCAGGUAUAUGGCUGCUACCCAGGCUCCUUUGCACUCAGCUAUCUUGAUGAGACGUUGUCAUCUUGUGGCUCUGACUACUACAGCAGUCCAGGUUAUGCUGCUGGCUCUCCCCCAACACCAAGCUUUCAGGCUCAGUCAACACCUGCUUGGGAUUCCCCUUUCAGCCCCUAUACUUCUCCCCCAACCUCAGUGGCUGAUAAGGCUGCUGUAGCUCAGCAGCUUUCUUUCUUUACCUUCAGCUCUGCAGCAGAGCAGCACACUCCCCUCGGGCAACAUCAGGACCCUCAGCAGGGCCAGGAGGACCCUUUCUUCCUGUCUCCUCAGCAGCAUACCUCCCCACUUCAUUGCCCCCCGAUGUCCCUGGACCACGGACCUCUGGAAAGCCCUAGGAUAAUGGAGGGGACCAUGAUGUCUCCUAAAACCUGCAGCACAGCACAAACUGAGGGUCGCUGUGCUGUUUGUGGGGACAAUGCAUCCUGUCAACACUAUGGAGUCCGCACCUGUGAGGGCUGCAAAGGUUUCUUCAAGAGAACUGUACAGAAAAAUGCAAAAUAUGUGUGCCUCGCCAAUAAAGACUGUCCGGUAGACAAGAGGCGCAGGAACCGCUGCCAGUUCUGCCGUUUCCAGAAAUGUAUUGCAGUGGGAAUGGUCAAAGAAGUGGUUCGCACAGACAGCCUCAAAGGUCGUCGGGGUCGUCUACCCUCUAAACCUAAGACUGUGGCUGAGGCUUCAUCCACCACCCCCCAUGUCAACAUAAUAGCUUCUCUCGUCAGGGCACAUUUAGACUCCAAUCCGACCAUAGGAAAGCUGGACUACUCCAAGUACCAGGAGACAGAGGUCAGCCUGUCAGAGAAGGAGGAUGCCAAUGAUAUCCAGCAAUUCUACAACCUUCUGUCUGGUGCCUUGGAUGUGAUAAGGAAAUGGGCUGAGACUAUCCCAGGAUUUACAGACUUCUGCGUGGAGGACCAGGAGCUGCUCCUUGAAUCCUCCUUUGUUGAACUCUUCAUCCUUCGCUUGGCAUACAGGUCCUGUCCGGAGAAGAACAAGCUCAUCUUCUGUAAUGGAGUCGUCCUUCAUCGCAUGCAGUGUGUUCGCAGCUUUGGCGACUGGAUCCACUCCAUCAUGGAUUUCUCCCAGAGCCUUCACCGCAUGAACUUGGACGUGUCCUCUUUUGCCUGUCUGGCAGCACUCGUCAUCAUCACUGAUCGCCAUGGCCUUAAGGAGCCCAAACGGGUUGAGGACUUCCAGAACCAUAUCAUCACGUGUUUAAGGGAACAUGUGAGUGGAAACGGAUCCGAGGCAAGCCGCACCCAGCCCAACUUUCUUUCUCGUCUGCUGGGCAAACUCCCUGAACUGAGGACACUCUGCACCCAGGGCCUGCAGCGCAUAUUCUACCUGAAACUGGAGGACCUGGUUCCCCCUCCACCAAUUGUGGACAAACUUUUUAUGGAUACCCUGCCAUUCUGAGAGUAAAAGCCAAAUAAAUCAAAGGACAAAAUCUUAACUGAUGAUUUAACUCUGGAAAUAGAGACAGACUCAAAGGAACUGGAAAGCAAACACCGAGACUGAGUUCUUUAAUUAUUGAACUACACUGUUGAAUGCAUUUUGUGAGGUGUGUGCUUCACCCCUCUCCACCACACUGAUAGGGGUGUGAUUCUUUUCCAGUGACCAGUUGACCAUUAUUUUUCUAACAUAAAGUUUGAAAACUGAAUUUAGCACAUAUAUGUGCAAGUACACAGAGCUGAAUAUCUUAAUUUCAGCUCAAUGAAUUUGUCACAGACGGAACUGAAAUCAAAUAUUUCAGGAGAAAAGUUGAAUAGUUUUUUUGUGUGCAUUUGUAGAGUGGCUUUAUUGCUUUGCAACAUAUGUGAAUGCUGUCUUUGCACGCUGCAAAUAGGACAUGGGUGGUGAGGUAGAUGUGAUGCAGUGUUAUGUACUUAGCCUUCACCAAAAAACACUAUAAUAUGAACACAAAUCUCUUUAACACAGUGUCUUCACCAUUGUUUUUUUUUUUUUCACCCCACUUAGACUGAAGUAGCCGCACACAGGGACAGACCACCUCUAAUCUCCUACAGUCCGUAGAAUCCUACUUUUCUUAGAGUUUUUUACUAUAAAUUUGGAGGCUCUUAUACUGCAGGCAUUUAUUAUAUCACAAAAGAUGGUUAUAGUCUGAAUUGUGCACCUGUGGAAGGUCUUGGACCAAAGUUUAUUCUUAUUUUGAUACUACAGAUUACACACCUUAAAGCCUUAACUUAAACAUACUGCCAUAACUGUUACACUGCCAUCUUGCAACACCUUGUAAACAUGGUUGCUGGCGGGGUUCCCCUUGCCUAACUUUAUAUAGGCAAACUAUCCACUAAGCUCUAUUUCAUAUGAUUUUACAGAAAGGCACACUGGCAUGGUAAAAAAAAAAAAGUGUGCAAAAGUGCCUUUAAAAAAAGCCCCAAUUAUUGAAUCACAUAGAGGGAUUAUGAAUGCAAAUUCACAGAUUUCAUUCCAAAGACCACACAGCAUACGGGCCCCAUUUAUAAAUCUCUGAAAGAAACCAAUAUCACCAUCAGCAUUUCUGAUCCUGAAUUUUAUAUGUUUAAAAAAAAUUCAGGUCUGUGCCAGCAUUUGAUUUGAAGUGCCUGAGGAAUGCAAGUGUGACUGUAUUAUGACAAAAAGCAUACAAUACUUGAACGCACAAACUGCAGAGCAAAACUGGAAAUGUUUUUUUAAUCGAUGACGGUUGGUUUAGGAACCUAGGACCUUCCCCAUGGAACUAAAGCUUGAUCACGUGUUCAAACCCUCGAGACAAUGUCAUUCAUAACUGAAGCUGUCAGGGUUAAGACGAAAAAUGAGUGUUUGUAUGAAUAUGGAGGAUGAAUAGUGAAAACUGUAUGGCUAAAGAUGCUUGAAAGUCAGUGUAAAAUCUCCUGCUGGGAUGACUCGUGUUCAUAACAAAUGAGAGACAUUUCAUAUUUUACAGGCAUUAUUUGGUUUGUGCUUUUUGCUGUUAAAUGGAAACACUCACUUAGAUCGCCCUGUAUGUGUUUUGAACCUUAACUCUGUGUUUUUGUGUCAGCCUCGGCUGCUUUUUUGUUGUCUUCCACAUUCUUCUAAAUAGGAGCAUGUGCAGUUUUUAUAUGUUGCAUUUUUUCCCUUAAUUUAAUCUCAAAAUGGACUAGAGAUUUCUUAAGUUGAAAUCACAACGUAACGUGAUGAAAAGACGAGCAGCUAAGAGCACGCCAGUGUUCAAACACGGUAUACAGAAUACUUCUUUUCCUACAAAUUUUAUCCGUUUUCAAGGACAUCUUUUUUGACUUAAAGAAUUUGAAAUACUGUGAGGGAUUUUGUGAUAUGGUGGAGAAAU